CGCCGUCCAAUGAGCAGCUGAGUAUUGAGAAGCGGAGAAGGCGGGUCUGGUGUUAGUCGUAAAGUGAAGCGGCGUCUAUAGAGCGGUAAAGGGAGUGCGUGAGUGUGCGAAUUGUGAACGGCAGGUGUGUGAGGAACCCGUGAAGGAGAUAAAGGAAACCCGCGAAAGACUCCGUUCUUUCGGAAUAUGUCAGCCAUGUCUUCUCGAAGGGGUAAGAGCAAGAAGGCGGCAGAAAACCUGAUAAAGAGUGAAGAUCCCAAAGAUUUAGAACGAAGAAUUUUUGUCGGCAAUUUACCAUCAGACAAGAUGAGCCGUAAUGAUUUUGAAACCCUAUUUUCUAAAUAUGGAGCAAUCACUGCCGUCUCCAUGUUCCGUGGCUAUGGUUUCGUGCAGUAUGAACGCAAAGAAGAUGCAGAUUCUGCUUCCAAGGGUGAGAAUGGUCAGCUUUAUAAAGGGUAUAGAUUAGAUAUUAACAAAGCAGUCGACAGAAGAAAUAUGAAUAAAGGUCCAUCCAGGUCCAGCCCGUCACGAAGAGAUGUGUAUGGCUUUGGACAAGGCCAGGAGCAAAGACGUGAACGUGAACGCUCGCCGCUGCGCUCUAGCCCAAGGAGAGGUAGUAGAGAACCACGUGACAGAGAUUCAAGAGCAGUUCGUGAUGGGCGAGAUGGACGUGAGCCAAGAGACCGUGAUCUUCGAGAUUUGAGAGAUGGCCGUGAAAGAGAAUUCCGCGAACCUCGCGAUGCAAGGGACCCUCGAGAUACGAGGGAGCUCAGGGAUACGCGAGAUGCAAGAGACAUCAGAGAUACAAGAGAUGUCAGAGACCUUAGAGAUCUCCGCGAUGCUGCAAGAGAAACUAGAGAGUCCAGGGAAUUAAGGGAACUUCGUGAAACCAGAGAACCAAGAGAUGCUAGAGAUCUUCGUGCGCGUGAUGCAAGAGAUGUGAGAGACCCGUUGGAAAGAUACAGGGAGGCUCGAGACCCAAGGGAUCCGUUAUACAGAGUCGACGACAUCGCUGAUAAAUUUCGCCUUGACGAUUUGUCUAGAAAGAGAGAUGAUUUGUAUGAUCGGCUUAGGGACUCCCUCGAUAGGUUUCCAGAAGAUCGACUUAAACGUGAGGAACGACGCCGUGAAGAAUUGUACAGGCAAUAUUUUGACGAAAUUCAAAGAAAGGUUGAUGCUGAGCGCCCGGUUGAUUGCUCUGUUGUGGUGGUUAACAAACAGUCAAAGGAAUAUGCAGAAUCUGUGGGACGCAAGGUCCGUGACCUUGGCAUGAUGGUGGAUCUGAUCUUUCUAAACACAGAAGUUUCACUGACCCAAGCCUUGGAAGAUGUUUCUAGAGGAGGCUCACCUUUUGCUAUAGUGAUCACUCAGCAGCACCAGACGCAUCAUUCUUGCACCGUGAACAUCUUAUGUGGAACCCCGCAAGGUAGUCCCUCUGAACAUCGGAACAUGCCAAUUGCUGAUGCGAUGCUUCUUGUGGCGAGAAGCCAUGAGCGGUACAAAACAGAAUCGCGCGAUAAGGAACGUGAAGAUAUUGCACGGCAAGCUGCCAAGUUAUCGGCGGAAGCUAUAUUAAGAGAGCGUGGCGCUCUGGAUGAGGGGGUAAGGGGGGGUCCCCCCCCUGGAAUAAUGACUAUCAUAGGCUUGUUGGCAGACAAUAGAUAUGUGACCGCUGAAGAAAUAGACAAAGUCAUCCUAUAUCUACAGCAACGAAAAGAGAGAUUAAUGGCCAUGGCUGGUGACUCCUUACCAUCACAACUCUCAAGACAAACUGCACCAGCAACUUCUCUUGCUGCCCAAUCUUCUCUUGCGGGCAGUCAGUCACUCCAGCUGAAUCAACAAUUAAGCUCUGCUACUGCAGCACCUCAAACCACAAGUAGCUCUCAACAAGAGCUGCAGGCAAAAAUUCUCAGUCUGUUCAACAGUGGAGUUUCUACUUCAUCUAACCAAGUUAACACUGCAAGUUCUGCUGUCUCAAACCAGAACUAUGGCAAUCUAUCCAACACUCAGCAACGACCAGCAGGAUCAAUGGAUGCAGGACUUCUUGGUCCAGCCCCACAAAGACCUCAGCCAACAGCAAGUCAUAUGUCUAAUGUCAUGGCUGCAGGAUUAGCAAUGCGAAGUGCAGCACCUCGACCUGGUCCAACUCCUCAAAUGCAGAACCUGUAUGGACAACUUCAAAAUCGUGUCCAGGUACCUGGCAGUGUUCCAGGUCAAAGACCAGGAGCAUCUUCUGGUAUAAAUGUUGACAACCCUAGUGUGCAGAAGGCUUUAGACACACUCAUUCAAAGUGGGCCUGCACUCUCUCAUUUGAUGGGUCAGGCAGUAGGCCAGGCUCUUCGUGGUGGGCAAACGCAACAGCCUUCUAUGGGAUCAUAUCCCCGUCCCUUUUAGUGGAAAGGUGCCAUGUACAUUGGUCUCCUUGUAGACAUAAUUUAGUAGUGCAUUUCAUAACGUAAGAAAUUUAUGUAUUUCGUUCCUUCACCAUUUAUUGGUUCAUAAUUUUUAUAUCAUGCAGGGUCUAGCUAAAUGUUAAAUACUGUACUCCGUCAUGGUCUACAGACAAGCUCUGAAGAAUUUCUUCUCUUUGCUCAUCGGUCACCAAGAAGCUUGCAUUUGUGAAACGGUUUUGUGAAUUGUAUUUUCCAGCACUGUUAUGUUGUUACUUGGAACUGUAUUUCGUUGCAGCCUUUUUUUAGUAAAAAGUUCCACUAAAAAAAAAA